AUGGCUUCACCUCCCACUCUAUCCAAAGCCAACACCAACUUCUGCUUGGAUUUGCUGAAAAAACUGAGCGACAAUGACAAGACUGCAAAUAUAUUCUUCUCCCCCUUCAGUAUCUCUUCAGCCCUGGCCAUGGUGAUGCUGGGAUCAGGGGGCAACACAGCCAUGCAGAUGUCUGAGGUUCUUCAUUUCAUUGAGCCACAGCCAAAGCCAAAGCCAAUGCAAAUGCAAAUGCAAAUGCAAAUGCAGCAACAGGUCCAGUCCAGUGUGCCAGCAUGGCUGCAGAAGUGUCUGAAAACCAAGGGUGAGGAUGAAGUUCACGCCAACUUUGCAAAACUUCUGACUGAGUUGAACAAACCAGGCGUGCCGUAUUCCCUCAGUGUUGCCAACAGACUCUACGGGGAGCAGUCUUACAAGUUUGUUGAGGAUUUCCUAAAAGGGACGAGGAAGCACUACAGAGCAGAACUAGAGUCAGUGGACUUCAUUAACAACCAUGAGGCUGCCAGGCUAAAGAUCAACAGCUGGGUGGAGAAGGAGACACAAGGUAAAAUUAAGGAUGUUCUGGCCCAGGGUGUGUUGGACAGCCUGUCAAGGCUGGUGCUGGUCAAUGCCAUCUAUUUUAAAGGCAACUGGAAUAAGAAAUUUCAGGAGACCUCAACACACGACGCUCAGUUUAGGCUUAACAAGAAUGAAACCAAACCAGUGAAAAUGAUGCACAUGAAAGACAAAUUUCCCCUAGCCUUCAUCCCUGAAGCCAACUGCCAGAUUUUAGAGAUGCCUUACAAAGGGAAGGACCUCAGCAUGCUCAUCUUUUUACCCAAUGAAAUAGAGGACAGUUCAACUGGACUGAACAAGAUAGAGGAGAAUCUGACCUAUGACAACUUUGUGGAGUGGACCCGUCCUGAGAUGAUGGAUGAAAUUGAGGUCCAGGUUGGCCUGCCUAGAUUCAAGAUGGAGGAGGACUAUGACAUGAAAAAUGUCUUGGUCAGCAUGGGAAUGGUGGAUGCCUUCGACAUGUCCAUGAGUGAUUUUUCUGGCAUGUCUCCAGCUAACGACCUGGUAUUGUCCAAAGUCGUCCACAAGGCUUUCGUCGAGGUGAACGAGGAGGGAACCGAGGCUGCAGCAGCAACUGCUGCCAUCAUGAUGUUGCGCUGUCUUCCAAUGCCAACGCCCAAAUUUAUCGCUGACCAUCCCUUCCUCUUCUUCAUUCGACAUAACCCAUCCAUGAGUGUCCUUUUUGCUGGCCGAUAUUGCUCCCCUAAAUGA